AUGUCUGAGAUCCAGAAAAAUGUCGAAGCAGCGUCAGAGAAGUACUCGUCUGGUUUCACCAAGGGUCAUCUUGCCCUCCCACCAGCCAAGAAGUAUCUCGUCCUGACCUGUAUGGAUGCACGUAUUGAUCCCGCACAAGCAUUUGGAAUCGAGCUCGGGGACGCCCAUGUGAUCCGUAACGCCGGAGCAUCCGCACAGGACGCACUGCGAAGCAUUGUGAUUUCUCAACAGCUGCUGGGCACUCAGGAGAUUGUUCUGGUCAAGCAUACAGGAUGUGGCAUGUUGACAUUUACAAACGAGGACGCUUAUGCUCUUGUCGACAAAAAUCUGGGCCCCGAUGCUACUGCCGAGGCAAAGUCCCGUAACUUGGACUUCCUCCCAUUCCCCGAAGUUGAUAGCGCCGUCGAGUCCGAUGUCAAGUAUAUCAAGGCCACGAAGUUAGUUCCAGACAGCGUCGCUAUUAGCGGGUGGGUCUAUCAUGUUGAAAGCGGGAAAACGAGCCGAGUGGUUUGA